UUUCACCCUGCGUGCAGUUUGGUGUCUGACUGGAGUUAGAAAUAGUAAAUACAAAAUAGAGUGAGAGUCAAUGAGAAACCCCCUAAAAUAUAGAAAUGCAAACAUUAUUAAAACGGUCAAAUUAAAAGGACUUCGACAACCAAACACAUACAGAUUCCGAGGCAGCAUCACCGCAGCGAACCUUUAUUUGCAAAUCAGAAGGUUUUUUAUUUUCUAUUUUUAUCACGUAGAGAACGGAGUUGAGGAUUGGAAUUGCGCUGCAGGGCACUGUGACCUCACAAGGAUGCGUGUGCAUGCUGGAGUUUGUGGUUAUGUACGCGUGCUCUAUUCCAGGUAACGGCGUGGAAUGUUGGAUUUUUGUAUUUAUUUUUUAAGUUUAAAUGUUGUUUUUCUUUUAGUUUUUUUUUUUAAUGAGACAGCGGGUGUUGUGCCCCUGCUUUGGCACCAGGUGGCGCUGUCGCCCCAUCGUCCUCGCCUUUUUUUUUCCUGCAGGGUCUCGGCGCGGUCGCUUGUUGCCCUGCUAAGCAGACACGUUUCACGGGGGCUCCAUCAAUAACGCCCUAACUGGGGUGAUCAAGACACAUGUAUGACUGGCCAACGCAAUCACGUGCUUCUAUUUAAGCAGCCCAUAUUUGGGCAACGCACGUAGAAUAAAGAGAAAAGGGAGAAAUUCCCCCACCUAUAAAUCGCGCUCGUUUUCUUUUUUGGGGGGAUUAAAGACCCCGAACCCCGAAAUCAAACAUAUAAAAACACACCUAUCUACAUAUGAUUAAAAAAAACAAAACAAUAAUAAAAUUCAAAUAAAAGCUCUAUCUCUUUUUUGUUUGUAGCAGUAGCAUUAUAAAAAUAUACUUCUGCACAGCUGAACAUGAGCUCGUACGCAACCGAUUCAUUUUACAAGCAAGCAGCUCAGCAGCCGUCUGCUUAUUCCAUGCAAAGUUCCGGAAACUACGGCUGCGCUACUGAACUCAGUGCCUCCAGGUACUGUUACGGUGGACUCGAUCUCACCCUCCCUUUCCCUGCCUCUACUCCUGCAAACUCCUACUGCCGCGGGGAGAUGGGCACGACUCUGAGAGGCUGCGACCCCGAGGACCGGGCUUCACCUUGCACAGAGACCGCAGCGUCCCCCAGACUCACCCCGGGCUCGGACGGACACAGGAUUUACUCUAAAGCGGAGAGACAGCCUUGUAUUAAAAACAGCGAGGUCACCGGUGAAAUCAAAGUGGAGGCUAUACAGCCCGCACAGCAGCGAAGACAACAACUCCAACAUAAAGUCGACCAGAGCCCGCUGCCUCAGAUAUACCCCUGGAUGACCAAGCUUCAUAUGAGACACGCAGAAUCGGACGGCAAGCGCUCCAGGACAAGUUACACGCGGUACCAAACCCUGGAGCUGGAGAAAGAAUUCCAUUUCAACCGCUACCUGACCCGCCGCAGACGCAUCGAGAUCGCCAACAGCCUGUGUCUCAACGAGAGGCAGAUAAAAAUCUGGUUCCAGAACCGGCGGAUGAAAUGGAAGAAGGAUUCCAAACUCAAAACCAAAGAGUGCGUUUGAACAGAACCGAAUUCGGGUUUCAAUCCGAAUCAACGGGAG